AUGGCGGAACUUGCGGGUACCGCCGUCGGCAUCAUAUCGUUGGGCUUACAGGUAUGCCAGGGAAUCGUCUCGUACAGUCAGGCAUGGCGGGGCUUCGACGAGGAUAUUCAAAAUACGAGGAACAAAGCGAAAGCCCUUCACAUGCUACUAAAGACGUUACGUGAAACGAUAGAGGAAUUACACCACACACGACCGGAAGUUGCUAGCGACCUCGAGGGCAAAGCUAUGAGCAUGCAUAGUUCGAUUGAAAAACUUAGGAAAAUUGUAGACCGGUUCAAGCCUGCUCGGUCAGAGGCUUUCCCAGAGAAAGUUCGCGCUCAGCUGAAGAAAAGCGUGUAUUACUUCCAGAAAGACACCUUGAAAGAUAUACAGAAUCAUUUGGAUCAGAUUCAAAACGUUCUGCAAACAUCACUACUGAUGUGGGUAUAG